AUGCUUCGCUUCGCUGGCCGACUGCAUGGAUCGUACACUCAAGUCUCCCUUUCUAGCACCACUUUACUGCGAAAAACCCAUGUGAACACCUUUUCGCUUCGAGGCCAUGAAGUGACUGCUUUGGCUCGUCAUGAACGGCACAAAGCGCUGUUGCUCAGUCGAGGGAGUCGUCAGGAUCGGGUCCUGACUGCCAGUAUGGGACUUGUCUCCGGUGGCCUCGUAGUUUCUGCAGCUCUUACUAAUUACGAAAAAGGGUGCAUACGAAGUUCGUAUCAAGAUGCAGUGGAUGGAUUCUACCGCGAAAAUAGACGACAGAGUCACCAGACGUGGUUCGAAGACAAGAAUCAAAAGCUCAUUGCCAUGUUAAUUGCAGCUAAUACAGCUGUCUUUGGACUAUGGCGAGUGUCGUUUCGGCACGCAAGACUGCACCAGUUCAUGUGGAGACAUUUUGCCAGCUCGUAUGACGCCGUGGUCUAUGGAAAACGGUUCCACACUUUAUUGACGUCAGCUUUCAGUCAUAUUACGUUCCCCCACUUUGGCAUCAAUAUGUUCAUGUUGUGGGAAUUCGGACCGCACGUGUUGGCACCAAGUAAUAAUCAUGCUGGAGCGCGAUAUAAUGAGCUCGUGGCCAACUCGAGGAUUGCGGGAUUUGUGAGAGACACUUACCACAACUUUCGUCGUGGACCGGAGUUAUUGUCAAUCGAGAAGUUUUUGGCGUUAUACUUUACGUCGGCAAUGACAUCGUCGGCUUUGAGUGCACUGGUGUCGAAGCUGCGAGGACGUGGAGGAGUGUUCUCGCUCGGCGCAAGUGGGGCGGUCUCGGCUGUCUUUACAGUAUCGUGUCUUCUUUUUCCAGAACAGCGGCUUCUGCUCUACGGAAUCUUCGACAUGACAUCGGCACAGAUGCUACAGCUGUACACUGCGCUAAAUAUCGUUGGUGCAGCAUUCCAGCGCAACUUGCGCGUCGACUGCGUUGGCCACUUAGGCGGCCAGAGCGCGGGCUUUGCUUAUCACCAAGCUCCAUCCAGCAACUAG